UGUCAAUAAGGAAGAAUAAUUUGCAGAAAAGAGAAGGUUCCGUGUACUGUUGGUUCUAUGUGUAGUUUUAAUUUACUAUAACGCUGUUGGGGUAUAGUUUCCUCAUUUCUUUUGGACUAUUUUCCUUCAGAAGUUCACACCCAAGUGCUAUUUAGUAAACAGAAAAUGCAUACCAUCCCAGAGGACGUUAAGAACCUUUUAGCAGAUUUUGAAAAGUUUAUAGUUGAGGUGCUGAAAGCAGAGAAUUUAUCUAAAAGGGCAAAAGAAAAGAAGGAUGCUUUGAUUAAGAAAAUUCAAGAUGUCAAGUAUAACUAUCCUAAUGAAUUUCAAGAUAAAGGCGACUCUGAUAAUUCUGAAGAAAAUGAUGAACACUCAUCUGGGCCUACAGAUUCUACCUCUGACCGAUAUGAUAAGGAAGAUGAAGGCCCUUCUGAUGGCCAUCAGAUGCCCCCCAUAGCAGCUCAAGACCUUCCAUCUGUUUUUAAAAAUGGGUACCUUGAAAAACGCAGAAAAGAUCACAGCUUCUUUGCAGCCGAGUGGCAGAGACGUUGGUGUGCUCUUAGCAACAACAUAUUUUAUUAUUAUGGCAGUGAAAAAGACAAACAGCAGAAAGGUGAAUUUGCUAUAGACGGAUACACAGUCGUAUUGAAUAAUACUCUCAGGAAGGACGCUAAAAAAGAUUGCUGCUUUGAAAUGAGUGCACCUGACAAACGCAUCUAUCAGUUUGCAGCAUCAAGUAAAAAAGAAGCAGACGAGUGGGUAAAGCAAAUAAAAUUUGUCCUCCAAGAGCAUCCAUUUUUGGAUAGGGCAGAAUGGUGCCUCAGUGAUAUGGCAUCUGACAUUAUUCCAGAAGAUGAUGAUGAAGGAGAGACGUAUGAUGAUGUCGACCAUCCUCGCCCUGUAGUAAGUUCUGAUGGACCAAUUGAUGAUGAGCUCUAUGAGGAACUUCCAGAGGAACAAGAACCAAAACCACCUCCUGUGCGGGAACCAGAACCAGAAAAGCAGAAACAGGGUACAAGUGUCAGUAUAGCAGUGGACAAAAGCACAGAUUAUGGCAACUUCUACCAAGGUCUGUGGGACUGUAUAGGAGACCAAGUUGAUGAAUUGUCUUUUAAAAGGGGUGAUGUCAUUUACAUUUUAAGCAAGGAAUACCAGACAUUUGGCUGGUGGGUAGGAGAGCUGAAAGGAAAUGUUGGCAUUGUGCCGAAAGCAUACUUAAUGGAGAUGUAUGAUAUUUGAGAAGGUUUGGGUGCCCAUUGUGUGUGAGCACUUUGAAAUCAUCCGCAACUUUAAUGCUUCUACACCUCAGCGUUUGAACCCAGCCAAGAGCAUCUGUCUUCUCUAAAUCUGAAAGACUCCUAAUUGGUGACAUCAAGUAUUCUGCUCGUUUGGAUUACUGCAGCCAACCAGUUGGAUCAAAGUGGUCGUGCUAGUAAAAUGUGUCAGAGCUGCUGAAUUAACAUAAAUUGCACUGUGGAUCAAACUGAAUUUCAUUUCCUCUUAUGCAUUCACCACCCUCAAAAACAUUCUGGUUAAGAUGUAUUGACCUUAUAGAAUGACAGGAUGCCCAUUAUUAAAGAUAGGAAAAUUUGAAGAACACUGCAGUAUUUAGUGUUCCUCCUGCCCAACAAAGACAUAUCAGGCCUGUUUAACUGCCUUUUCCCCACCUGGCACUGCUGUUGCCUUACUCUUUGCUGCUAUUACUGUAUGGUCCCCGAGAUACCCUCUACUUGAGCUGUAAUGAGCCUUUUGCCCUUAUUAUUGACUUUAAGUGACUGCAGGUGAAGGACUGUUGAGAAUUGUACUUUCUGGAGAAAAACAUUUGCCAUGUUUUACCAAUUGUAAUAAGAUUCUGAUACUCUGGCUUACUAACAUUGCUAGAUGACAGGGCAUUACCAUGUAAAGGUCCUUUAUUUCUGUGCUUUACCAUCUUUCACACUCUGAAAUUUCUAGUGGCUAUCAUUUAUUUAAUGGUUAAACUGAUUGUGUUUUAGAAAUGAGCAAAGUGUACAAACUGAGGUAUUUAUUCUAAAUGAAUGAUAACUUGUAGUUUAUUUGCAGUGUGCACCCCUAAUCAUUGUGGCUUCUGCUUCCCUUUUAGACAGUGUCUUAAAAGCUUGUCUUUGUACUUCUAAUCCAUGGCUAGUAAAAUAAAAGAAAUUGCCUUCAAAGGGACUGAAUGCUCAUGUUGAAACUAAAAUGUGGCCUGUCUGUGCCAUAUACUUGUUUUGUUGACAGUGCUUUUUCCAUUAUUUUUUUGAUAAGAUUCAAAAUCAAGCACCAUGUGAAAAGCUUGAUUGUGACAUUGUGGACCAUAUUCAUUACAAUAAAGUAAUCAGAAAAAAUCAAGCUGCAUGCUGUCUAAUGAAAAUGCAGCUCUGCUUUUGUAAUGUCUAAUUAAUGAUUGUGUGUACUCAUUUAACUUAAAAUGAGUUUCUGUUUUUUUCAGUGUUAAAUGACAGGAUUCUGCUGAAUGGAUUUCUGUAUAUAUUCUGUAUAAUACCAUUUUCUAUGAAGACACACUGAAAUGUAUUUGUAUUUAUAUUUGGUUACCAGUGUAGUGCACUAAUCAAUAUUGACCAGUUUCAGGCUCAGUCUAAUUAACUUAUUUGGCCUAGUAAAAGGUUGUUUAUUGCUUAGGAUGUUUUUAUUUCCAAGUUACAGAAGAUAUGCAUGAUGGAAAAUAAACAGCAGUGUACACAGAAUAGUGUGGAAAUCAUAUGACCCAUUUUUAGAGCUACUUCAUAUUCUUAUCUAACAUACAGUUCAACAUUAUAUGACCACAAAUCUGCUAAAAAAUCUAGAGGCCUAAAUGAUGAUAGUGUCAGUUAAAUGUUUAAUUUUGCAGUACAGUAAACUGUCAGUAGAGGGCAGCCACGUCACAUAAUUCCCAUCCUUAUUUAACAGCCAUGUUCACCUAUUCUACCAUCUUUAUAUAUGCAUACCUAAAUCAUCUGGAAAUUUUAUGGUUCAUACCUUUUCUCACUCAAGCCAGGAGAGGGAGUGCUUGACCAAUAAAAGUUGCUUUUCAGACGUGCUAGUUUCUUUAGAUCACUAAAAUGUGGAAAUUCAUACAUGCUUGCUGCUUUAAUAAACUCAGUUUCCACAAAAGAUGUUUUACUUAAAGUAACAGUCAGUGAGACUUUAAUAGGUAUAGCUAAAUUACACCAUAUGUAUUCAGUGUACAUCAUUUUAUAAAGUGUUCAAAUUAAAGAAAGCCAUUAUCAGUUUAACCUUGUAUUAAGGUGAUUAAUGCUGAUAUAUAGCAUUACCUUGCUGCUUAUGGCAAACUGUCUGAGACUUGUUGUAGUUGUUCCACCCUAUUGAACUGCCAGACAGUUGUAAGCAGUUUUAUAAAUUGCCAGUGUUUUACUUUAUGUACUGAUUUCACAUUUGCUUCACAUUUUGAUUAUAUUAACAGAAUAAAUGAAGGAGUUAAAUAGCUUGAAAGCCAUUUAGAACAAUAUUUUAUACAGUGUUCUUUAGGUAAUUUUUCCUUUUCUGAAAUCUGUCACUUGAUCUCACAGUAAUGUUCCAUGCUGCAAAUUUUUAAGGUUCAAAUAAAGUUUAAUUGUUCGCAAACUGU